AUUAUUUGGCCGUUGAGCAAAUCAUCAGUCAACGUUUGCACCUUGACCAAAGCAGUUCGGGUUCUGGUGUGGUGCGGUAGAAGAAUAGUGAAAAAGAAAACGGUUCUUUGGAUUUAAAUCAAGUAAAUCAAAGUGUUUAGAAGUUUUUGAAAAUUAAUGACAAUUGUAUUGCGUGUCUAGAAGAGAUAUUCACAAAAAAAAAGAAGUGUUAAGGAAAAAAUCAAAACAGUGAAAAAAACAAACUUUUGAAAUUAAAAGAACGCUGCCAUCGAAGGACAUUCACAGAAGUAAAUAAACAACAAAUGUUGUCGGCAAUUUACGAACUUGUCAUUUAAAAAGGUUUUCGACGAGUGGAUUAUGUGGUGGCGGCCAAUAACAAAAACCACAACAAUAACAAUAACAACAACAACAAAAUUAUAAGCAGUUACGAUUUAUUUGCCAUUGACAGACGACGAACGACGUUUAGUGCGGAAUUCUGUCUUUUGGCCCAAAACAGCCGGUAAAAUCGAGUGCCCUCGGAGACACCAUCAAGAAGAAAAAAAGAGCAAGAAAAAAUAACAACAAUUCCAUACGAAUAAUCAUUAUGAAUUGGUUAUGUUUUGGCAUAUUAACGGCUCUGCUAUGCCUCAGCCAAGUGGCGUCACUGUCUUUGGAUCCAGUGGCCUCAGCCGAACUGGAGCAGCACAUCAAAAAGGGUGACUGUGUUAUAUCCAUGCGUCACAUAAGGCCACGACGCAAACUACAUAUCCCCAUUGAGGCCCUGUUCAUGAUCGAUUUUCCCACGCUCAAACAUAAAAUGUCAUUUUUCUUGGAUCGAAAACAGCAACGUGUAACUCUAGACAUUAGCGCUGGCGGUUCCAUGGAUUCAUUGCAUUUCGAAAUCCCUCAGAUAAAUGAGACCAGCACCAUUCGUUCGUUGGCCCUGCAUUUUCAUAAGAAUCGUAUCGCACUGCUGGUCGAUUGCAAAGAGACUUCGGCUCACGAUAUCGAAAUGAAUCUCACGAAGUUAUAUACUCAAAUGGAUGACCCGAUGGUGAAAUUGUUCCGCGAACGUAAAUAUCCUUUGCAUUUUGAUGGCAAUGUGGAUGGAGCUUUACAACGUGCAAAUUGUCAAAAGGGUAUGACCCGACGUGGAAAUCGUCGCAUGUUGAAGAAUAAAAUUUCGGAAAGAGAGAAGAACAAGAAACGUGAUGUUCGCAAUUGGUACAAUCAAGAGCCGGGCACCAGUGUAGACCAUUAUCGCCAGCAGGAGAUUCCCUUGGACAUGGAUCGUCGCGGUGAUAUUCCCAUAAUGAGCGGUGAUUGUGAAGACGCCCUCGCAAAAUCCCUAAGCGAUUUAAUGGCUUUGGUAAAACUGCUACGUGAAGAUAUCGCCCACCAGCGCCAAGAAAUUGCCUAUCUGCGCAUGCUGUUGGAGAAUUGUGCCGGCUGCAAGGAAACCAAAGGUGACAAUGAUAUACAGCCAACAUGUCGUACCUCAAAUCCUUGCUAUCCAGGUGUUGAAUGCUAUGACAAUCUGUCAGGGCCUAGAUGCGGUCGUUGCCCCUUGGGUAUGGUGGGAGAUGGUAAAAUCUGCAAGCCCGGCGUUACCUGUGCCGAUCGUCCCUGUUACAUAGGCGUUCAAUGCCAUGACACAGUAAAUGGCGCCCAAUGUGAUCCAUGCCCCCUGGGCUUUGAGGGAGACGGUCGUUCUUGCACCAAACAGCGUAGUCCCUGCUUAGAUGGACCCUGUCCAACUGGCACCAAAUGUACCGAAUCGGUGAUUGCUCCCUACUAUCGUUGUGUUUCAUGUGGUCGUGGAGAACAGCUGAAUGGCACAACAUGUGUAGAUGUCAAUGAAUGUGAGCAAUAUCGGCCAUGUGACAUAUUGUCAACUUGUGUUAAUCAAAGUCCGGGCUUCCGUUGUGAGCCAUGCCCCUUGGGCUAUGAAGGAAUGCAUUCUUAUGGUUACUAUGCCGAAUAUUGGACCAAUUCCUAUCAGCGACAAACCUGUGUGGACAUCAAUGAAUGUCAAACAGGUAUGGCCCGAUGUGAGGAGAACUCGGUGUGCGUUAAUACCAUUGGUUCGUAUCAGUGCCACUGCCGCGAGGGUUAUAAACACAAUGGCACCCACUGUACUCCUGUGGCUGGCUUGUGCCCCGAUGGCACCAUUUGCGAUAGCAAUGCCAUGUGUUUGCUUUCCGACAACUUUAAAUAUCGCUGCAGAUGUAAUGUUGGCUGGGCCGGCAAUGGCUUUAUUUGUGGUCGAGAUCAAGAUCUGGAUAGCUGGCCUGAUAAUCAAUUGCCUUGCUCGGAUUUACACUGCAAUCAAGACAACUGCCCCCAUUUGCCCAAUUCGGGGCAAGAAGAUUCCGAUCAUGAUGGCAUUGGUGAUGGUUGUGACGAUGAUGCUGACGGAGAUUUGUUGACCAACGAUAAGGAUAAUUGUCCUUUCGUCUACAACGCCGAUCAGCUGGACUCGGAUCAUGAUGGAGUGGGAGAUGCCUGUGACAAUUGUCCAUUUGUGCCGAAUCGCAAGCAAUUGGAUACGGACAAUGAUGGCCUGGGCAAUGACUGUGAUGAGGAUAUUGACAAUGACACCGUGAUCAAUACCUAUGAUAAUUGUAUUUUGGUUGCGAACACAAAUCAAUUGGACUUUGAUGGUGAUGGUAUUGGUGAUGUCUGUGAUAAUUGUCCCAGUAUUUCGAACCCAUCGCAAGAAGAUCGUGAUAAUGAUUUGCUGGGAGAUGCCUGUGAUAGUGAAAUUGAUGGGGACAAUGAUGGUGUACAGGACAGUGAGGAUAAUUGUCCAAUGGUUAGCAAUGCCGAUCAACUGGAUACGGAUAGUGAUGGAAAGGGUGAUGCUUGCGACGACGAUAUGGAUGGUGAUGGCAUACCCAAUUAUCGGGACAACUGUCCAUUGGCCAAAAAUCCUAAUCAAUUGGAUUUGAAUAACAAUGGCAAGGGUGACCUUUGUGAAUAUGAUGAGGAUGAUGAUGGCACCCCGAACAUAAUCGAUAAUUGUCCAAAUAAUUCCAUGAUAUACUCCACUGAUUUCAGAGCUAUUCGCUCGGUCAUUUUGGAUCCCGAAGGUGAAGCUCAGCUGGAUCCCAAUUGGGAGGUACAUGCCAAUGGUUCGGAAAUUAUACAAACCCUUAACAGUGAUCCCGGUUUGGUUGUGGGUCAUGAUGCCUUUGGUGGUGUGGAUUUCGAGGGAACCUUCUAUGUUAACGAUGACACCGAUGAUGAUUAUGUCGGUUUCAUAUUCAGUUAUCAAAGUAAUCGUAAAUUCUAUAUUGUCAUGUGGAAGAAGAAUACCCAAACCUAUUGGCACUCAACACCAUUCCGUGCCUCCGGCGAACCGGGUAUACAAAUUAAACUGGUCGAUAGUAUAACAGGACCUGGAUCAAUGCUACGUAAUAGUUUAUGGCAUACCGGAGAUACCAAGGACCAAGUGCGUCUGCUGUGGAAAGAUCCUAAAAAUAUGGGUUGGAAGGAAAAGACAUCGUAUCGUUGGUCAUUGCUACAUCGUCCAGCCAUUGGCCUCAUACGUUUGCGAAUGUUUGAGGGAGAUCGCAUGGUCUUGGAUUCGGGCAAUGUUUAUGAUUCCACUCUGAAGGGUGGCCGCCUGGGUGCAUUCUGUUUCUCACAGCAAAUGAUCAUAUGGUCGGAUCUUAUAUACAAGUGUAACACUCGAGUUCCAGCCUUAGUUUACAAUGAAUUACCCGGCCAUUUAAAACAAAAAGUGGAAAUCGAUAGAUAAUUUUGAUAUCUCUUAAGGGAAACAACGAAUAAAUGCUUCAUGUUCCCGAUAUAACAGUUCAAUGGGAAAUUCAAGUUUAAAUAAAUCCUUUAUUCUGCUGGAGGCGACGGUUUCAACUGUUAUAUUGCGACGAACUCUCGCAAGCAAUUAUUUUUUAUAGAUUUUGUAUUUUGAGAUUUUUUUUAGGUUAGAGUGGUGCUGCAACUCCUUGUCACUGUUAUUUAAAUAAGCAACUAGAUUAAUGAAACUAAUUAAGCAAAGCACAUAUUGCCAUAAUUAAUUGUUGUAAGUAAUUAAUAGAUUUUAUAAAACGAACAAAUACGAAUCCAAUAAAAUUGAUCGAUAUUAACGAGAUUUUUGUAA